GCCUUAUCUAGCUCAACUCAUUUUCCUUUCGUACCUCGAAUCCAUCGCCGUCAAAUCACAGCUUCUUCCUCCUCUUCGUCGGCGGCGGCUAUGGCGUGUGUGCCUAAUUCAUCGAUGACUCUUCUCUUCGUCGAAAUGGGCGUCGGCUACGAUCAACACGGUCAAGACGUAACCUCAGCUGCUAUGCGAGCCUGUAAAAACGCAAUUUCAUCCAAUUCAAUACCAGCGUUCAGAAGAGGAUCUAUACCUGGAGUUUCAUUCGAUCAGAUGAAAUUGCAAAUCAAAUUAGGAGUUCCUCGGCCUCUACAUCACACUCUAGAUCUGGAGAAAGUGAAAUCAGUGUUUCCUUAUGGAAGAAUCUCGAACGUUGAGGUCGUUGAUGGCGGAUUGAUAUGCUCCAGUGGAGUUGAAGUUGAAGAAAUGGGAGAUAAAAAUGAUGAUUGUUACAUUGUGAAUGCUGCUGUCUAUGUUGGUUACUGAUGAUGAUCCAUCUUCGAAGUUCGAUUUUCCAGGUCAAUUUUUUGGGAGAUUAUUCGAAUGGUUGAAUUGAUAAUUUUGUUCAAAUCGAAUUAUUAUCGAAUAGUAACAAUAGUUUACAUUUUAUAGCAAUUUAAGUCGAUUUAUGUAUCUCUUUGAUUUUAGGUUAUGUUAAUUCGAAUUCAAAUUCUCAUA